AUGAUUCAUUUGCGGCUACAGGAAUUCAAAAACAAUGAUAAGUUUGGUGGGAUAAAUAUUGUUCUAUUUGGAGACAUCAUGCAACUGCCCCCUGUGAAAGGACAUUGGUGCUUUGUACAGCCAGCUUGGUUUGCUGCAGAAAUUAAUUUAUGGCACGCAUUUUCAUUCUGCGAAUUAACAAUCAACAUGAGACAAAGAAAUGAUACAGAGUUCGUCGACCUGUUGAACAAUUUACGCGUAAGCGAAUUGACAACUGGUCAAGUAGAACUGCUUUGUCAAAGGCGAAGGGUGGCUUUAGAUGAAGAAUUUAAGGAUGGUGUUGUGAUUCGAAUAUUCCCGACCGUCAAACAGGUUGACGAAUACAAUGAUAACAUGACAGCUAUGAAUUCAAAACAAAAUCGUAUCUAUACAAUCCGUUCCAUAGAUGAGUCUCGUGAAAUUGCUACCUAUGGAAAGAAACCUCCAGAUAAUGUUGUCCCGAAAGAUGUGAACAAUUGUGGUGGACUUUUAUCAGAGGUAAAACUUGCUGCCGAAUCUCGUGUGAUGUUGAGACGUAACAUAUCAGUAUCUGACGGCCUCGUCAAUGGUGCAAUGGGUAGAUGCAGACUAAAAGAUAGCGAUGGUUGUGUCGCCAUACCCCCAGUGGUUGCAACUUUUCAAGGAACGAAAGGUUAUGGUGACAUUGAGCGCAGGAUGUUGUCAAUAAUUCUAUGCUGGGCCGUCACGGUACACAAAUUGCAAGGUACGACCCUUGAUAAAGCUGUAAUAGACCUCGGAAAGAAAGUGUUUGCCAAAGGACAGGCAUAUGUGGCACUGAGUAGAGUAAAAACACUUGAGGGUAUUGCUUUAUCUGAUCUAGAGCCAAAUAAGUUACUACACAAACCUCACGAUGAACGAGCUUUAGCAGAAAUGCAGAGACUGAGAGCUCUAAAUCAAGAGACUGACAAAUCUAAAGCUCAUUCAUCGUGAGUUGUUUUUUUUUUUUUUUUUUGUAAUACACAACUCAGUAAUA